CGCACGUACCGCACGCCCCGAGCGUCACGCACAGGCGCAGCAGGCUCCGCCCCCACGCGUGCCGCGUCCUUCCUACCCGGCUCGGUGACAUUGAGCGCGCUAGCGCCGCCGCUGCCGCCAGAGGUGCUGUGCAGUCCGCGGAGCAGGCGGCCAUGGGGAGCCUCCGCAGCCUUCGCCUAGCGGCGGGAAAUUUUUUUAGGUUACAUGAAAGCCAUACUUUCUCAUCACUACGGUUUACCAGGAACUCUGAUUUGAAGAGAAUGAAUGGAUUUUGCACCAAACCACAGGAAAGUCACAAAGCUCCAACCAGCACUUACAGCCACAGAGUGCCGCUGCACAAACCCACGGACUGGGAGAAGAGGAUCCUGAUAUGGUCCGGUCGCUUCCAGAGCAAGGACCAAAUUCCAGAGACUAUCUCCUUUGAAAUGCUUGACGCCGCAAAGAACAAGGUGCGGGUGAAGAUCAGCUACGUGAUGAUUGCCCUGACGGUGCUGGGGUGCGUUGUGAUGGUCAUAGAGGGCAAGAAGGCUGCCAAAAGAAAUGAGUCUUUAACAAGCUUGAACUUAGAAAAGAAAGCUCGUCUGAGAGAGGAAGCAUCUGUAAAGGCCAAAACAGAGUAG